AUGACUAGUGGUACAGUGAAAUGUCAUUUUUGCAAAAAGGAUGAUUCGGAGGAUAAAGGUCAGCCAAUAUGGGUAGGUUGUGAAUUCUGUGACGGUUGGUGUCACUUAACGUGUGUGCCUAUUCAAUUUGUGGUUCCGAAGUUAGAGAAUCCUUCACAAUUAUUAGCUUUUAAAGAGAAGCACGUUGAAUCUUUUAAAUGCACACUACAUGAUGAAUCGAAGUGUGCGUUGUUGAAGUUGAACGGUGUGUCAGUGGGGACAGAAGAUAUUGCUUUUACAAAGAGAAACAGACUUAGAAAUAAAAGACCUAUAGAUUACAUUGCGCUAAAUGAAGGUAAUGAUAAACGAUUAAAGCAUGAGCAUCCACAUACGCAAGCCUUCCUCGCAUGCUUUGAAAAGUGGAAAGAUCCUAAGGCGAUCAGCUCGUCAGAAUUGGAAUCUGAUUUCCAAAUCAUUAAAGUACCAUUAAGAGUAUCCGAUCCUGCCGAUAGUGGUAUGUAUGUGAUUUCAGCUAAUGAACUAGGUCUUGUCGAUUCGAAAGAUCAUGUUAAACUUAACGUGGAAUAUCUAACAAAAAUCAUGGGGGAUGAUUAUCCAUUAGACGUUAUGGAUGUUCAGACUCAAAUGAAUGAGAAAUGGACACUUUCUCAAUGGAACGAGUACUAUUCUCAUACUAGCCCUUCCGAUAGAGAUCGUAUUAGAAAUGUUAUAUCCCUGGAGGUAAGCCAUGUAGAAAGUUUCAAAGAUGGGAUACGACGUCCCAAUGCUGUGAAUAAUAACGAUUUGGUUGAUAUAGUUUGGAAUUUUGGACGUACAGAGACCGACAUCGAACGGCCGAAAGUUACCAAAUACAUAUUAAUGUCCGUGGGUAACGCAUAUACAGACUUUCAUUUGGAUUUUGCUGGAACUAGUGUCUAUUAUAAUGUAAUCUCGGGAUCAAAGAAGUUCAUCUUAUUCCCACCGACAGAUUACAACUUGAAGAAAUACAGAGAAUGGUGUGACAACGAUAAUCAGAAUGACAUUUUCUUAGGAGAUCAGCUAGAAGCAGGUAUCGCAAUGGAAUUGACCGAGGGUAAUUUAUUCAUGAUUCCGUGUGGAUACAUUCAUGCCGUGUAUACGCCUGAGGACUCGUUUAUCGUUGGAGGUAAUUUCCUAACAUUAAGAGACAUAACUACCCAACUAAAUGUGGUAGAAAUUGAACAUCAGACAAAAGUUCCAAAAAAAUUUACUUUCCCGCAAUUUGAAUCGGUUAUGGGAAAGACAUGUGAAUGGCUAUUGAACUCUGAUCAUAUUCAAUCGAUAUCAUCGGAAGAUAUUGAGAACUUGGUCAAAUACCUCUCGUCAUCUAACAUCAAAUAUAAACCAAUCAAUUAUCAGAGCAAAAAAGAACUAAUAACGGAGCUAAAGAAUAAAAUAAUAAAAUUUGAACACACUUAA